CUCUUUUGGUGUGAAAUUUAUCAGAAAAAAUUAUUCGACAUGGGAAUUUCAAUUUCGUUUGUUUGUUACGGAAAAAGAGUUAUGGGGUCAUAUAGAUGGAAAUGACCCAGCUCCUACUGAAAUUCCAAAAUUGGCUCAAUGGAAAAUUAAAGAUAAUAGAGUAAUGACGUGGAUUUUAGAAUCUGUUAAUCAGCAAAUUGUUCUCAACCUAAGGCCGUAUAAGACUGCUAAAUCUAUGUGGGAGUAUCUAAAGAAGGUAUAUAAUCUGGACAACACUGCUCGACGCUUACAAUUGGAAUAUGGCAUCGCCAAUUACACUCAGGGCGAUAUCUCCAUUCAGGAUUUUUUUUUUUUUUUUUUUGAAGUUUCAGAACCUAUGGACAGAAUUUACGGACUUGGUUUAUGUUUCAGUGCCAGAAGAAUCUCUCUCCGCUGUUCAAAAGGUUCACGAACAAAGCAAAAGAGAUCAAUUUUUAAUGAAAUUACGGGUUGAAUUUGAGGGCACUCGUUCAAAUCUGAUGAAUCAUGAUCCUUCACCUUCAUUGGAUGUAUGCUUUGGAGAAUUACUUCGUGAAGAACAAUGUCUGGCCACACAAGCUACUUUUCUACAAGAAAAAUUGAUACCUAAUGCAGUUGCUUAUAUAGCUCAUGGGAAGGGGAAUGGACGAGACAUGAGGAAAAUCCAGUGCUUCAGGUGCAAAGAAUAUGGACAUAUCGCAGCUCACUGUGUGAAGAAGACUUGCAACUAUUGCAAGAAACUGGGGCAUAGUAUUAAAGAAUGCCCUACUCGUCCUCAGAAUUGCCAGCUUAAUGCCCAUCAAGCUACAGUUGGUUCUACGUCUUCCUCCACCACUCGUAAUUCGUCUGUACUUACUCUGCAGAUGGUCCAACAAAUGAUUAUUUCAACUUUCUCAUCCCUAGGACUUCAAGGAUCAGGUGAUGGGGAAGAUAUUCGCGAAGGGGCCUAAAGUUGGUUGUCUAUUUCCUCUGCAUUUUUCUAUUCCUAGCUUUAUGUCUUUGUUUUGCACUACUGUAAACAAUAAGAAUGAAGUAUGGCACAAACGUUUAGGUCAUCCUAACUCGGUUGUUUUAUCUCAUUUGUUAAAUUCUGGUGUGUUGGGAAAUAAAGAUUAUUCCAUUUCUUUUGAUUGCUCAACUUGUAAAUUGGGCAAAGCAAGUCUCUCUCUCAUUUUCAUCUUAUGGUAGUCAUUCUGAGCACUGUUUUGAUUUGAUUCACAGUGAUGUCUCGGUUAUCUCUCAUGCUCACUAUAAAUACU